AUGCAUGUCGACGGACGACCACCGCAAGACUCGAUGAAGUCGACCUGGCGAACAGACAAGAGGCAGUGGGGAUUCUACCACAAGUUCUUGAACGCCGUCGAUGCCUUUCAUGUAUUCCCAGACCAAGAGGUCCCCGUCCACGCGAAGACGGACAAGAUGCCAUAUCUCACUGAAUGGUCGGUCUCUUUGUCUCCAUUCAACACCUUUCUUCUGACGCCGGACUGACGCGAGAGCCAAGGUCAUGCCAUCGAUACAUCCUCCUUCGAGCCCUGUGGCCCAUUGCACUUCAAUACCUGUACAUCUCCUUGACGGGUUGGAAGCUGCAUCCCGUCGCCGCAUUCUUCCUGUACACUGCCGCGAUGCAGAUCAAUUCCGUCCAUGAGGUCCGCAUCCUGCGCCGCUUGGCACACCGAUAUGGCUUCUUGGAUGGCGAUAAGCAUGCCAGAGACGAGGUCCCAGACGUUGGUGUAAGUCGCUCGUGUCCAGAUCUGCACACUGUACCGCAAGGUACUGACACACUUCUCCCACCCACAGGUCGGCAAAGUGUGGGCAUCGGUCCAGUUGACGACCACGAUCCGCCCCAUGUUCACAAUCUUCCUCGCGUACCGCUCCAACCAACCUUUCUCGCUCAGCUGGUGGCUCCCGCUCGAGCUCGGCCUGUACUCCAUCGUGCUCGACCUCUUCUUCUACACCUACCAUCGCUUAUGCCACGAGUUCGACGGGCUCUGGAAAUACCACAGGUUCGUCGCAGAUGUGAAGACAAGCUUAGAGAUGCAGCUUUUUGACACUUCGAACAGGACCCAUCACCUGACCAAACAUCCCACUCCGCUACUUUCAUCGUACGCCGACGAAGAGCAAGAAGUGUUGGAAAUCGCCCUCAUCCCGCUCCUCACAUACGCAACGUUGAAGUACGCCCUCGGGCUGCCCAUGGUUCGUGUUUCCCCUUGGCUGCGUUCUUUUGUCUUGCGCCCGACCCGCCACUGACCAUGAUGACACAGGGCUUCCACGACUGGUGGAUCUGCCACGAGUACAUCAUCUUCUCCGAAGCCUUCGGCCACAGCGGCCUGCGCGUGUACUCCACCAGCCCGAGCGCGGCCUCCUGGCUGCUGAAGUUCUUCCGAUGCGAACUCGUAGUGGAAGACCACGAUCUCCACCACCGCAAGGGCUGGCGCAAGAGCCACAACUAUGGCAAGCAGACCCGAUUGUGGGAUCGGAUCUUCGGCACUUGUGGAGAUCGGAUCGAGGCGGUCGACAGUAAUGUCGAUUAUGAGAAUUCGUUUAACAUGCCGUUGUGGUAG